CUGCCCUCGCUGCCGUCAAUGACCGGCGGCCUUGUUUUCCUCGAUCGACGAGCGGGGCUGCCAAUCACACUGCGUGCAGUCUGCCCUUUCCCGGCCGCCUCUUGCACCAAGAUCGUUGCGAUGUUCCGGUUGCAGCUCGCUGACCUCCCUCUUCCGAACCCAUCCUUCCUCUCGCCUCUGUGGGCCUUCACCUCAGACCCCGUGGCUGUCUCCGACUCUUUGAAUAUCCCCUCACGCCCCAUCGAUUCCGUUCUAGUGUCCCUUGGUGAUCCGUCGAUUCCCAAAAGCCUCAGCGUUCAGUCCACUCUUCCCCCCCAUCUAAAGCAGUAACUGCGACAUCAUGGACGCAAACUCUACUGCCACCAACGUCACCGAGCCCAUCCUCGCCCAGGUCAAGGACGAAAUUUUUCGUUUUGUGGUGCAAGUCCAAGCGGAGCCCCUGGCCGCCUUGACAGAGCUGCCGCAUGUGGCCAUCGGGCUGUUCCUGAUCCUGGCCCUGCCCUCGCUGUUCGCUUUGGUGUGGAGCUUGACCAGCGCCCCAAGCCCCAACAAGGCACCCGCCCCGGUUUCCUCGGAGGGCCUGCCGUGGCAAAAGACAGAUCCUGCCGAUGUGGAGGAAUUCAAGAAGGCCGCUGCAGCUGUCCCUGUCACAGAAGCACCCUGGCUUAUCGGCUACAGCGCCAAGGCCGUGUCCGUGACCGAAGACGGCAAUCUGCGAGCCAUCGACUUUACUUACCACGGCGGCGUGCCCACCGUCGAAGACGUCGAGAUUGCUCUGCUCAAGGCCAUCGUUCGUCCGAUGAUGGGACAGCCCGCCAAACCCAAGAUUGCUGCCUUCCUGGCCUCGCGCACCUGCGACGACAAGCUUGUCCAGGCUGUCGGGCAAGCCUUUGAAUCCUUCAAGGUCCGCAUCACCACUGUCGAGGAGUCUCAAGCCGAGCUGGAGGAGCUGAAGAAGAAGCGCGGUUCUGAGCACAGAUCCAUCCCCGGCGGUCCUGCCUCCGUUCCUGCUCCCGGAAGUGUUGCGGCUGUUGGUGCUGCUGCUGCUGCUGCUGCCGCUGCUGCCCCUGCUCCCGACAAGAAACCCGAGUUUAUCAAGCAGCCCAACCGCGGCUGUUUCGUCUGCCACCAAGAUAUCGACGGCAAGCCGAGCCAGUGCAGUGCCUGCAAGGCUGUCAUCUACUGCGGACCUGCGUGUGCGAAAAAAGACUGGCCUCAACAUAAGCUCAUGUGUCCCUCCUUCAAAGCCAACAUGGCCCGCCUCGAAAACGAGUCGCUCCACAAUAUGCCCUUUACCUACUAUUCGUCCUCGGCCAAGCACCUCUCCAACUACAACCAGAUGCCCUUCCUCGUCAACAAGGAGCGCCAUAACAUGGGUCUCUACCGCCGACUGUGCAACUGCUACAACCAGUUCCCCUUCGGCGAGCUCACCGGCGAAAAUGCUGCCCAGAUCCAAAACAACAACAUUACCGACCCCAAGGCCAAGUUCGAUACUCUGGCUCUCCCCGACGAGCUGUACCCUCUCAACAAGGCCCUCCCUGAUGACGUUGAUCCCCGCAGCGUUGAUUCCUGGCAAAAGUACUUCGAAGCCAAGGGACUUCCGUUUGAUUCGCCCGUUGCUCUCAUCCUCGAGGUUCCGCUGACGAUCUGGCACCUGCUCAACACAUACUAUCUCAAGGACAAGGCCAUCCCCGAGAAGCUGACGAUUCACUUGAUUGGUGUCGAGAAAGAGGCCGAUCUGAUUCCACUCUUUGAGAUCCUGACUGCCUUCAUGCCCAACACCAAGAUCGUCAUCCACAUGAUCGGCCCUGCCAUCAGCAAGCGCCUGCGCCCCGAACACCGCACCUACCACUUCACGUCCCACACCGGCAAGGGCAGUCUCUCGAUCUCCCUCCGCCCAGAGAUGUACAUCCCUCCCUUCCUCGAGGGAACCGCCCCCGAGCAAGAGGGCAGCUUGGCCGUUGAGAAGCCCGAUGUCAUUAUUGGCUUGAACACGGCUUUCCUGGCCUACCAGACCUGGAUCCCCAGCUUGAAGAUGAUCAUCGACAAGAAGCAGCCGAGCCUGUUCACCGAGGGCAUGGAGCAGGCCCUCGAGCAGGUCAACAAGAACCUCCCGAUGCUGGGUGGCACCCUCAGCAUCCUCCCCCAGGUGAACCCCUUCCGACAGCCUCUGUUCCAGUUCAAGAAGGACAUGAACUUGCCGGCCUGGAGCAACGGCUUUAUUUGUGGAGUCAACUAAACGAGGGCGGGCGCUUGCUUGCCCCCCUGAGUGCGUGCUGCCUCCACCCUUGUCCCCCCUCCUUGCCCUCACCCGAUCAUGCAACGGCCUGAUGACGCUCCUGUGUAUGAAAUUGAAUCGGUACAACCCAAUAUAUUGGCUCGGCUGUACGGCUCAACUCAGAAGAAAGGAAAGAAA